CCCUAUACGCAGCCCUUUGCUUCUCACUUCUGCUGCUCAACUCAUAAACCCUUAAAGAUUCAGCUGCAGGAGCAUCAACGCAAGCUUCAGUCUUUCAGGGAUCAGGGAUGACAUCAGAGGACCUGUUAAGUACUCUGGAGGAUUUGGGAGAUGAAGAGUUUAACAAAUUCAAGUGGCUCCUACAUCAAGCUGACGUCCUUCAAGGCUUCCCAACCAUCAAAAAGAGUCGAUUGGAGACAACAAACAGGUUUGUCACUGUCGACCUGAUGGUGCAAACCUACAGGCUUCCUGGAGCUGUGGAGGUGGCUAAGAAGAUUUUAGAGAGGCUAAGUAGGAAUGACCUGCUGCAGAGUCUGUGCGCCAGCAGCUCAGGACAAGAAGUGGACGUCAGCAACUGUGGGGAGACUUCACAGAAGAGAGGAUUUCCUCAGACUGAAGAUGUGAUGGUUCCAGUACCAGAGCCUCACCCCAUCACAUCUUACCAACAGAUGCUUCAAUCAAACUUCCAGGACAAGUUCAUGUGUGCACAAGAAGGUUGGGCAGAAGAUAAACAGUGUCUGGCUGAUAUCUACACAGAGCUGUACAUCACAGCUGGGUAUGAUGUACAUAUCAACACACAGCAUGAGGUUUGGCAGAUUGAAAAGGCAUGGAAGCCAGCAGAACCAGAGAAACCUAUUAGACCCACAGACAUGUUCAAACAUCCCUCUGGAAAAUACAGACCCAUCAAAACAGUGAUGACCAAUGGAAUCGCAGGAAUUGGAAAAACCUUCCUUGUUCACAAGUUUGUUUUGGACUGGGCUGAACAAAGAUCCAAUCAAGAUGUGCAUCUGAUUUUCCCCUUCACCUUCCGUCAGCUGAAUCCACUGAAGGGAGAAAAGUUCAGUUUGGCAGAGCUCAUUCAUGAAUGCAUCCCAGAAACUGUAGGCAUCCCACAGGACGCUCUGAAUUACAUCUUUACAGAUGUUCAGUCAUCAGGAAUCACCAACUAUGACAAGAGUAAAUUCAAACUUCUGUUUGUGUUUGAUGGGCUGGAUGAGAGCCGCCUUCAUCUCGACCUUCAUUCUGAAGACAUUCGCUCUGUCGAUGUAACAAAGGCAACUAAAACAGAUGUCUUGCUGAGGAAACUCAUCAAUGGGAAAGUGCUACGCUCUGCUCGCAUUUGGAUAACCACAAGGCCUGCAGCAGCCAAUCAGAUCCCUCGAGAGUUUAUCAGCAGUAUAACAGAGGUCAGAGGGUUCACUGACCCACAGAAAGAGGAGUACUUCAGGAAGAGAUUCAAAGGUAAGGAGCAAGCUGACAAACUCAUCUCCCAUAUCGUGACGUCACGAAGCCUCCACAUCAUGUGCCACAUCCCAGUCUUCUGCUGGAUCACUGCAACAGUUCUGGAAGAUGUGUUGAAAACCAGAGAGGGAGAAGAGCUGCCCAGGACUUUGACUGAGAUGUACGCAGAGUUCCUGGUGUUUCAGAUAGAUCGGACAAAGGAAAAGUAUGGCCCAGAGAAGAGCAUUCAAUACAUUAAGUCAUUAGCAAAACUGGCCUUUGAGCAGCUGGAAAAGGGCAACCUGAUCUUCUAUGAGAAGGAUCUGAGAGAGAGCGGCAUUGAUUUCAGUGAAGCCUCGGUGUGCUCAGGAGUGUUCACAGAGAUCUUCAAAGAAGAUCGAGGAAGGAAAGGGAAAGACAAGAUGUUUAGCUUCGUCCAUCUGAGCGUUCAGGAGUUUCUGGCUGCUCUUUAUGUGAGGAUGUCGCUUAAUAACAGUAACAUAAAUGUGAUGCCUUUACCACAGCCCUCAAUGCACAAUCUUCAACUACUUUUAAGUAAAACAUCUUCAAAGAAGAUCCACAGGAUUUCCAUUGACAGGGCCUUACAGAGUCCAAAUGGACACCUGGACUUAUUCCUUCGCUUCCUCUUGGGUCUUUCACUGCAGACCAAUCAGGAUAAACUACAGGACCUGCUAAUGAAAAUAGACAGUAGUUCAGAGACCACUCAGAAAACAGUCCAAUACAUCAAGAAGAAAAUCAGUGAGAAUGUGUCUGCAGAGAGGAGCAUUAACCUGUUCCACUGUUUGAACGAACUGAAGGACUGUUCUUUAGUGGAGGAGAUACAACAGUACCUGAGUUCUGGACGUCUGUCCACAGAUAUACUCACUCCAGCUCAGUGGUCAGCUCUGGGCUUCAUCUUACUAUCAUCAGAAGAAGAUCUAGAUGUGUUUGACCUGAAGAAAUACUCUCCUUCAGAGGAAGCUCUUCUCAGGUUACUGCCAGUGGUGAAAGCCUCCAAAAAAGCUCUGUUGAGUGGCUGUAAUCUGUCAAAAAGAAGCUGUGAAGCUCUAUCCUCAGUUGUCAGCUCACAGUCAUCUAAUCUGAGAGAGUUGGACCUGAGUAACAAUGACCUGGAAGACUCAGGAGUUAAACUCCUUUCUGCCGGACUGGCAAGUCUACAAUGUAGACUGGAAACUCUCAGGCUGUCCGGCUGUAUCAUCACAGAGGAAGGCUGUACUUAUUUAGCCUCAGCUCUAAAAUCCAACCAUUUCCAUUUGAGAGAACUGGAUCUGAGCUACAAUGUUCUGGAAGACUCAUCACUAAAGCUGUUCUCUGCUGGAAUGGAGGACCCAGACUGGAGACUAGACACUCUCAGGCUGGAACAUGGUGGGCAGCAGAGACUAAAACCUGGCCUGAGAAAGUGAUGUCCUGAGCUUGCUCCAGGAUCUCUUUCCAGUUGGACAUGCCUUGAACACAUCCCCUUGGAACCACCUUUAUGAGCUCCUUUCAGUGUGGAGGAGUAGUGAGCCCCGCUGCUUUGCAAAUGACUAAGUUGCUCACCCUAGCCAACUGGAAGCUCAGCCAUCCUUUGAGGGAAGUUCAUUCCCACCACUUGUAUUCAUGGUCUUAUUCUCUCAGUCAUUAUCCAAAGCUUGCGACCAUAAGUGAAUGCAGGAACAUAGACAACAUAAGCACUGGUUUUCUUUCAAAUUCAGCUUUCUUUUCACCACCACAGAAAAGUACAAAUUCAUCUGUCAGUUUCCCACUCCAGUCUUCCCUCACUGGUAAACAAAUCCUUGAGAUAAAGGUUAUACUCGGGGCAGUAGCUCAUUCUCAAUCACUCCACCCUUUUCUGGCUGAGAACCUCAGACUUGGAGGUGCUAAUUCAUGUCCUAGUCACUUUACACUCACCUGUAAACCAAUGCAAGUGUGAGUUCAAGGCUUGAUGAAGCAAACAUAACCAAAAAGCAAAAAUGAGAUCUUGAGGCCAUCAAAUCCAAUAUGCUCCACUCUUAAGGUGCACCCUGAAGUGCUGUCCAAAAUUCUGAACAGAAUUGGGAACAAGAUUGACUUUUUGGUGCCAAUGCAAACCAAGCUCUAUGGGAUCUUUUAUGGGAAGUGAAUAGUCUCUAACCCCCUAAAGGAUGCCCAGAGGACGCCCCAAGUAAUGCUGUCAAAUGCCUUCAUCAAGUCCAUAAAAGACAUGUAGACUAGUUGGGUAAACUUCCACAGUAUUCAGUAUUCUACAACAAAGAUCAGGAUGACUCCAAGGCUUGACUAACUGUCCUCUCUAGGACCCUGGGUUAGCGGAAGAAUGUGAUCCCUCUGAUGUUGAAUAGGUACUGGAACAUGGUCCCCUUUCUUGAAGAGUGGAACAACCACCCCAAUCUGCAGGUCAAGAGCUACUGUUCCUGACUUCCAUGUGAUGUUGCAGAGGUGUGACAGCUGCAUCAAAUCCAUUGAGAACCUUUGGACAAAUUUCAUUUACCCGAAGAACCUGGCCAUCAAACAUUAUUUGAUGGUAACUCCAUCUCCUCAAUACUGCUGACACACAGUAUUGAGGAGAUCCUCAAAAUACUUUCUUCACUACCCAAUAAAUAUCCUUGCUGAAUUGAGCAUUACUCGCAAAAGCUGGUUACCCCAUUGACAUCAUGGUGCCAAGUGCAGCAUAUAGGUAUUUAUAAAUACCCUUAUGCUUGAACAUGAUAAUAGUGAUUAGCAUAGACAGCCAAUAACUGAAUGCCACUUUGGGGAGGCCACUCUUUCAUUGUCAUUACCCAUGUGAGCACUGAAGUUCUCCAGCUGGAGACUCCAUUCGCAUGCUUUCCAAUAUUCUACCGAAGCACUCUAAGAAAGCUAGGUACUCUAAAUUGCCACUUAGUGCAUAAGCACUAAGUGGCAACCACUCAGGUCUCAGGUCCUCACUCAGGACCCAUUACCCAACCUGAAGGCUCAGGGAGGGAACGCUGUCAUCCAGAGAGAAAAAUUCCAAUGUAUAGGCACCAAAGAUUGAUAGAAUUAUUAACCAUCUGGAAUUUAUUCCCUCUCUAAGAGUCGAGUUCCAGAAGUGGAGCUCUGCACUGAGGCAAAGCUCUCCCAAGGGCCUGGUUCUAGAGAGGGGCCCAGGUAACCCUAGUCCAGGCAAAGUAAUAUAUUCAGUAGAUUUUCUACAGGUCUUCUGUACUUCAUAUGGUCCCUCACUAAGGACCAAAGACUGAAUAAAAUUUACCCUGAUUUGAAAUAGAACCUUUGUUUUUCAUCCAUGUUGUUUCACAGUGAAAUUUCAACUGUAUUCAUGUACCCCAAAAAGUUGGUCAUCUGGAUGUAGCGUUUUCAUCAUUUCGUCACUCAUCCUGACUGCAGGUUUCCCCAACCUUAUAAACAGUACUUUUGCACAAUGACUGAAAUUA